GCACGAUUAUCAGUUUUUCAUAAACACACCACUUACUCCUCUACAAUGGGAGAGGCGAUUUCGAUUCCUCAUACCCAUUAUCCCAAACUUAUCUGAUCGGUUCCGAUCUGCUUCCUCUUACUCCCUGAUAUCUUACAUAAUGCUUGGUGUUUACACAUCACUGACAGCAUAUCAGAUGGAAGAGAUAUACGAAAUAUUUGGAACAAGGCUUCCUUCAUAGAUCAUAUUAUGGCUCAAAAUUUUCAGAGAUCUAUGCCUUGCAAAUGUAACCUAUAUAAAGUGAAAUUUGUGAUACUAGCCUGUUUAAGUUCCAAAUGUAUGCCUGGACUAAAGUAGGAUUUUUUAGAUUAUGGCUGUGGUUGUAAGCAUUGAUCCUCGUAGGGUGUGUUUGGGGCAUCCUGAUGAUUCAGAAUUUAAGGCCGUCAGAGUGUAAAACGCAGGUUUUGGAUCUCUUGGUUUGAUGACAUCAGUCCUGGCAAAGCUGGAUGAUAAUGCUGCCCUCUUGAGUUUCGCUGAAAAGCUUGAGGCUGCUUGUGUUGGUACUGUGGAGUCUGGGAAGAUGACAAAUGAUCUUGCUCUCAUACUACAUGGAUCCAAACUCGGCAGGGAACACUAUCUAAACACUGAAGAGUUCAUUGAUGCAGUAGCAAGUGAUUUGAAAGCAAGACUCAACAAGUUUAAAUGUAUGUGCGUCUGCUGUGUUAUGGCUAGUGUUUCUCUUAAUUGUUUUAUUCAACUACGCUCAUUGUGAGUCAGAGAACGAGAGUGGCCACUCGGGAGAAGCCUCAAUCAUACAGCUCUAUUUCAGACAAGGAGAAGCUCGUGCCCUACAUUGAACUCUUUAAGGUGGAUAUAUAAUCAGCAAAGCCAACCAUGAUUUUUUUCUUUCAUUGUAAUGCUUCUUUUUUGUAAAAAGAAAUAAUGUCAUCAUUGUCGACAUUUAUGUAUGAAUACAAGUACAACCUUUUUAGUUAAAGGACUCAUUUAUAUAUUGAA